GCCUACCUCGCAGGCUUCGAUACUGAGACCAGUUUCGAUGAGGAGGUGGAGCUCUUGCGCUGUGAGAAGGACUUGGUGGAAGCCGCGGUCGAUCUGGGCACCACCACAUCCGCUGAAGACGACCUGUUGACCACUGACGCGGACUUCGAUGAUGAGGACGACGCUCGUGGUGUCAACGAGAGUCUUGUGUCGCUGGUGCCAAAGUACCAGCCCUUGCGCCGCAGUGUGGCGAAUGCUGUGAUCGAAGAG